AUUGACUUCUAUAUUUUUUAACUCCUCUGUUGUCGCCAGCACAGUUUUGUUUGUUUGGAUUUUUUGUUUAUUUUGUGCAAAAUAUACACAGCGAACGGAACCAAGUUUAGUUUUUUUCGAAAAUGAAUAAAAUGUUUUCAAAUAAAAAGGACUAAAAGCAAGAUCAUUUGAACAAUUUACCAGUGAAUUUUGAACUUAUUUUUUUUUCUUCUGUGAUUUAACAGAAGUUUCACACAUUUUUCGACGAUUUGUUUUAUACAUUUUCGGUGCAAAAUGAAUUCAGCAUCAAGUCGUAUUUUAUAUGAUGUGCCAUGCAAAGUGUGCAGUGAUCAUAGUUCGGGCAAACAUUAUGGUAUAUUUGCGUGUGACGGAUGUGCUGGUUUCUUCAAACGUUCAAUACGACGCUCCCGUAAUUAUGUGUGCAAAGCAAAAACGGAGGGCCAAUGUGUUGUCGAUAAAACGCAUCGCAAUCAGUGCCGAGCAUGUCGACUGAAAAAAUGCUUUCGAGUCGGCAUGAACAAAGAUGCAGUUCAAAGUGAACGCGGUCCACGUGUGGGUACCCUGCGCCGUCAAAUGGCUAUGUUCAUCGGUGGCAAGGACGUGAUCAGUUCGGAUGAUGUGAAGAAAAUGCAACAGGAUCUGGUAUUUCGUGCACUUCCCAUACAACCAACCAUACCGCCAUAUAUUUUGGAUUUAUCGGCCCGCAAUCGUGGUUUAGUCGAUCAAUCCGCCUACAGAACACCAAUGUUGUCAUCUUUUCACCCAGUUCCGCUGUCACCCACAAAUUUAGUUGAAUCGAUGCGCGAAACAGCUGCCGAAUUAUUGUUCAUGAACAGUAGAUGGAUUAAAGCUCAGUGCCUGGCUAACCCAUUGCCAAUUAACGAUCAACUUCUUUUGCUCGAACAUUCAUGGACUGAUCUGUUCAUAUUGAGCGCUCCACAAUAUCUACUGCAAUUUAAUUUCAAUCUAAUGCUGAUCGCCUAUCAAAAUGGCGAACACAGUGCAUUGGUCCAAGCCGAAGCCAAUCAAUUCCAAAGUAUACUGCUCAAACUGGCCGACAUGAAUAUCGAUAGCCGUGAAUAUAACUGUAUUCGAUCGAUAGCACUGUAUAAUGCAGCUGCACAAAUUGAAUCGUCCAACACAGAUGACGACCAUAGCAGCAGCAGUAGCAGCAAGGAUGAUUUAACAAAAGUUCGACUCGAAGAAAAAUCAAAGAUUAUCACAUAUCGCGAUGAAGCGAUAGCCGAUUUAGCAGCACAUAUAAAUGUUACGAAACCAACACAACCGUUACGGCUGCAGAAUUUGAUGCUAAUACUGGAUCAACUGAAACGUGUAUCAAGUUACACGAUCGAAGAGCUAUUUUUUCGACGAGAAAAAGGAAUGACUGGCGGAGUGACCAUUGUCAAACUCAUAGUUGAUAUGUACAGGCAAGGGAAGAUUUAAACAUGUACAUGCAUAUAUGCACAUGCGUGCUCCCGGAAUGAAUACAAUGCGUGUGCGCAAAUCUUCAUACACACACAUAAUGCCAUGGUAGACAUUAUUUUUAUAUAUAGAUAGAUCGAUAGAUAUGUAUAGUAUAUAUAUGAGAGCUAAAAACUCGAUCUGUAAUUAGUAUUGGCUUAUCGUGGCCAAUGUGCAGAGUGAUGAAUGAAUAAUGCACAAUUUAGACGAUUUUGCAGUUAUUAGUACCUAAAAGAUA